AUGGACGAAGUUGCAAAGCUUGAACAUCUGUCAUUGGUUUCAAAAAUUUGUACGGAACUAGAAAAUCAUUUGGGGCUAAAUGACAAAGAUUUAGCUGAAUUUAUUAUUCAUUUGGCAGAAAAAAAUAAUACAUUUGAUAAAUUUAAAAAAGUUCUUAUCGAAAAUGGUGCAGAAUUUUCUGAAUCCUUUAUGGCUAAUAUGCUGAGGAUUAUACAGCAUAUGAAACCAGCUAAAUCACAGGAUAAAUCCUUGAAAUCUGUAACGAAGCAAGAUGAACUAGCUCAAAAAUUCCCUGCUUUAGCUUUACCAAAUGAAGAGCAAAAAGCAAUAGGUGACAAGGAACUUAAAGAUGAUUAUGUAGUCAGCAGUGCUAUGGCUAGUUUAGAGGAAUUAGCACCGUCGAAAAAGUCUAGCAAAGAAGAUAACAAAAAAGAUAACCAAUCAACUGAUAAUAGUGAGAAAAAAAUCAAACACUCAAGGAGAAGUAGAUCAAGAGACAAAAAAAGUCAUAGAUCGCGUUCAUCAUGUCGCAAAGAAAAAAGACACAAGUCUAGAUCUCGCUCAAGAUCACAUGAUCGAUCAAGGUCUAGAGACAGAAGACGUCAUAGAUCUCGAGAUCGUAAGAAAUCUAGAUCACGAGACAGAAAAUUUCAUAGAGUUAAAUAUUCUUAUGUAUCCGACCGAUCUAGAUCGCGAUCUAUUGAAGAACUUUCCAUGGACCCAGAAGUAGGCAAGAUUUAUUCAGGAAAAGUAGCUAAUAUUGUACCUUUUGGUUGUUUUGUUCAAAUGGAGGGUUUGAAACGAAGAUGGGAAGGACUUGUUCACAUUUCACAAUUAAGAAGAGAAGGAAGAGUUGCCAGUGCAAGUGAUGUUGUGUCUAGAGGUCAAAAAGUACUUGUGAAAGUACUCAAUAUUGGUGGACAAAAGGUUUCAUUAAGUAUGAAAGAUGUAGACCAGGAAACUGGUAGAGAUCUAAAUCCUGUCGUAGCUGUUACCAAAACUGAGGAAGAUGAAAAGCAUUUGAGGAAUCCAGAUAGGCCUACUUCUUUGUUAGAACUCCAGGGUAACUGGGAUGAGGAUGAAACUUAUUCUAGAAAACGAGUACAGAGAUUGUCAUCUCCAGAAAAAUGGGAAAUUAAACAGAUGCUUGCUGCUUCUUGUAUUGAUAGGAGUGAAUUACCAGAAUUUGACAUGGAAACAGGAAUUCUCCCACGUGAAGAUGAUGAAGAAGAAGAUGUUGAGAUAGAAUUAGUAGAAGAGGAACCACCAUUUUUGCAUGGACAUGGACGAGCUCUUGGAGAUUUAAGUCCUGUUCGUAUAGUAAAAAAUCCUGAUGGUUCUUUAGCACAAGCUGCAAUGAUGCAGAGUGCUUUAGCAAAAGAAAGAAGAGAACAAAAAAUGUUGCAGAGAGAACAGGAAAUGGAUUCUGUUCCAACAGGUCUUAAUAAAAAUUGGAUUGAUCCUCUACCAGAAGCUGAAAGUAGAACUCUAGCUGCAAAUAUGCGUGGAAUUGGCCUUCAAACUCAAGAUUUACCCGAAUGGAAGAAGCAUGUAAUAGGAGGAAAGAAAUCUUCCUUUGGAAAAAAAACGAAUCUAACUCUGCUCGAACAACGUCAAAGUUUGCCUAUAUACAAACUCAGAGAUGAUUUAGUUAAAGCUGUGACAGAUAAUCAAAUUCUAAUCGUAAUUGGUGAAACAGGAUCAGGAAAAACUACCCAAAUUACGCAGUAUUUAGCUGAAGCAGGAUUUACAUCCCGUGGAAAAAUCGGCUGUACUCAGCCCAGAAGAGUAGCUGCCAUGUCUGUUGCUAAAAGGGUAGCAGAAGAGUUUGGUUGUCGUUUAGGACAAGAAGUUGGCUACACAAUUCGUUUUGAAGAUUGUACUGGACCAGAAACCAACAUAAAAUAUAUGACUGAUGGUAUGUUACUUCGAGAGUGUCUUAUGGAUCUUGAUUUGAAAACAUACUCUGUAAUUAUGUUGGAUGAGGCACAUGAACGUACCAUUCAUACGGACGUUCUUUUUGGACUGCUAAAACAAGCUGUAGGAAGAAGACCAGAUUUAAAACUGAUUGUUACAAGUGCUACUCUGGAUGCUGUAAAAUUUUCGCAAUAUUUCUUUGAAGCACCCAUCUUCACAAUUCCUGGCAGAACAUUUGAAGUAGAGGUUAUGUAUACCAAAGAGCCAGAAACAGACUAUCUAGAUGCUGCAUUGAUAACAGUAAUGCAGAUACAUUUAAGAGAACCACCAGGGGACAUACUGCUGUUCUUAACUGGUCAAGAAGAAAUCGACACAGCUUGCGAAAUUUUAUAUGAACGAAUGAAAUCUUUAGGUCCGGAUGUACCUGAAUUAAUUAUUUUACCUGUAUAUUCGGCACUUCCAUCGGAGAUGCAGACUCGAAUAUUUGAGCCUGCCCCACCUGGUUCUAGAAAAGUAGUGAUUGCUACCAAUAUUGCAGAAACAAGUUUAACUAUCGAUGGAAUUUAUUAUGUAGUUGAUCCAGGAUUUGUGAAACAAAAGGUAUACAAUUCUAAGACUGGAAUGGACAGUCUUAUAGUGACACCAAUAAGUCAAGCAGCUGCAAAACAAAGAGCAGGAAGAGCUGGAAGAACAGGUCCAGGAAAAUGUUAUAGGCUUUAUACCGAAAGGGCUUAUAGGGACGAAAUGCUUCCUACACCAGUUCCAGAGAUCCAGCGUACAAAUUUAGCAACCACAGUUUUGCAACUAAAAACUAUGGGCAUCAAUGAUCUGUUACACUUUGAUUUUAUGGAUGCACCACCUGUGGAGUCUUUGAUCAUGGCUUUAGAAUCAUUGCACAGCUUAAGUGCAUUAGAUAAUGAAGGUCUGUUAACCAGACUAGGCAGGAGGAUGGCAGAGUUUCCUCUAGAACCAAAUUUAUCCAAAAUGCUUAUCAUGAGCGUGCAUCUUCAAUGUUCUGAUGAAAUAUUGACUAUUGUCAGCAUGUUAUCUGUUCAAAACGUUUUUUAUAGGCCUAAAGACAAACAGGCUUUAGCAGAUCAAAAGAAAGCCAAAUUCAAUCAACCAGAAGGUGAUCAUUUAACUCUGUUAGCAGUUUAUAACUCUUGGAGAAAUAAUAAAUUUAGCAAUGCAUGGUGUUAUGAAAACUUUGUACAAAUAAGAACCUUAAAACGUGCUCAGGAUGUUCGAAAACAAUUAUUAGGUAUAAUGGACAGACACAAAUUGGACGUAGUAUCUGCUGGUAAAAAUACUGUAAGAAUUCAAAAAGCAGUCUGUUCUGGUUUCUUUAGAAAUGCUGCAAAGAAAGACCCCCAAGAAGGAUAUAGAACUUUGGUAGAUAGCCAAGUUGUCUACAUACAUCCAAGCAGUGCAUUAUUCAACAGACAACCGGAAUGGGUCAUUUAUCACGAAUUAGUUCAAACUACGAAAGAAUAUAUGAGAGAAGUGACAACUAUAGAUCCAAAAUGGUUGGUAGAAUUUGCGCCAGCAUUUUUCAAAUUUAGUGAUCCAACUAAACUCAGCAAGUUUAAGAAGAAUCAAAGAUUAGAACCACUUUACAACAAAUACGAAGAACCGAACGCUUGGCGAAUAUCAAGGGUUCGAAGAAGACGUAAUUAA